AUGGACCAUUUUCAAGAUAUUUUUGAACCCGCUUGGGUUAGAAAUGCUCACGUUGGGGGUCUACUCCUGUUCCAUGUUCUCGGCACCUAUCUCCUUAUGAGUGUGAAUCGAUUCGAAGAGGAACGAACGACUCAUCGGACUAUAAUUCAUUCCCUGACCAAAUUCCUCCACCUACUCCCCAUAAUUCACAACAUGACUCGAUUCAACAUCGAUGUGGCUCGAGUUCUUUUUGGACCACUUCCUGACUUGUUGUGCAUGACCUCGAUUUUCUCGAAUAUGUUCAUCUCGAUCGUGGCUUUACUGGCCUUCAACGAGAUCAUGGUGCUCCGAUAUCUCUAUAUUUGCGUGUGGAAGCACGUGGGAAAGCUUAAUGACGAGUUCUUCUCGGUGUUCCUAACCUUGGCCAAUGUGGGCCUAGCAGGAUUAUUUUCGUUGAUGGCCAUGGCGUCGCAGAAUUACUACGUGUUCCAUUAUGGUGUCUGCAAGGGUGAGGAUCCCACUAUCUUUGUCACUAAAUUUUCUCCUUUCCCAACCACGCUAAGAAUGCCGGUUAUUCUGUGCAUCUCGACCGGUUUUGUGCAUUGUGUCCUUUACACCAAAAUCGUCAAAGUCAAAGUAAAAAUCAUGAGCCCAUCACCAACCACUAGUCUUCCUCUUGACCGAACUCUCCCGAUGUGGUGGGCAAAUGAGAUCACGAACAGCUCUGGUCAUCAUCAAAUCAUCAAAGAGGUGGGACAAAAUGUGCUCAUGGUACUUUUGAUCUUGGCAUCCUUGCUUCCAGGACUGAUUGCGAGACAGUUAAAUCCCAAACAAGAUCUAUAUCAAAAGACCUCGAUUCGGUUGCUCAUAAUUUCUCCAAGUUUUGUGGUACCACUCGUUCAUAGUCUCAUUUUUCCCAUGACAUAUAUCCUGCGCCAUCCCCAGUUUCUCAACAGGUGUCUUGGACUCCUUUGGUACUAA